UGUAUUGAUACAGGAUCAUCAAUAUCUAUAAUUGAUUCACAAAUAUUGAAUGAAAUAGGUCCACAUGCUAAAAUAGAGCCACCGCCGUCUAUUGUACUACAAACAGUGAAUUCAACAAGUCAUCCUAUAGAGCAGCAGUCGCCACAUUUUAUCACGAAAUCAUUUGAUAACAAAGGAAAUUUAAAAAAACCGUUACCUAAUGUAGAAACAACAACACCCUCGACACCAGAAACAGGAUCUUCUCGAAUUCAUGGUAAAAAGUCAUCGAUAAUUACAUCAUGCACUUUUAUUAUACGUCCAUUCCAUCGUGCAUUAGUACCAGUAUUAGCUAUUAGUUCAAUUGAAACGAAACAUGCAUUAAUUGAAUCAACCUUUAUACGUGAUGGUGAAGUCUUAGCAAGAGUGGCGAAUACAGUAGUUAAAUCAAAUCACAAGAUACAUCAUGUUGAGUUAAUUAAUUUGGAAAACCGUCCAUUAUUGUUAAAAAGAAGUGAACAAAUAGCAACAAUAUCAACAUUAUUAGACUCAUCGUCAAUAUUUUUAUCAAAAACAUUUACAUCAACAGCAGUUAAUACAAUUAACCAUGUUCGGAGUAAUGAUAAUGAUGAUGAUGAAUUAGAUAAACAAAUAUUUUUAGAUGCUUUAAGAUCAACAGAUAUAAAUCCACAACUGUCAAUGGAACAAAAACUAUUGGUCAUAGAUAUACUACUUAAAAAUCGAAAAGCAUUCGCAUAUGGCGAUCGAAAAAUAGGCUGUACAAAUAUUCAUAAAAUGAGAAUUGAAACUGGUGAUGCAGCUCCAGUAUCAAAGCCACCUUAUCAUGCUUCACACGCGAACGACGGAUAA